AUGUCAACACCAACAGCCACCGCCAAUACGACUCCUCUUGUUGUUGGAAUGCGCAGUGCUGAGAAUCUUUUCGAAAAUGACAGAGAAGAACAGACCAUCACAAACCAAACUAUGAUUACUCAUCCGCCACAUGCCAUUCCAUCCAUUUAUUCAAAUAUGGAAUCUCUUGCGGCGAUCAGUAGUAGUAGCACUUCAUUCACAACCACUUCUGCUGCCGUAGUUGUUGAGAACAACAAUAAUUCCAUCUCGAUUGAAAUGAAAUCCUAUCAUCAGAAUCACAAUUCUGUAAAAGGUUCGUAUGGUCGAACAGUUCCGAGUGUCAUGUUGGAAUGGCAUGACUUGACCUAUGUGGUGAAAGUGAGACCCUCAUUGCCAGCCUCGAAAUUGACCACUCCUCGAGAACGAUUGGCAUUUACAAUGAAGAAUUUAUUUAGAAAGGAACAAAAAGUCAUUUUGCAUGCCAUGAGUGGUUAUGUGAAACCUGGUUCUGUUUUGGCAAUUAUGGGACCUAGUGGAGCUGGUAAAACCUCUCUCCUCAAUAUUCUCUCUCAACGAGUCAAACCCACUAGUGGCUCUCUCCUCGCCAAUAAAUCCAAAGCAGGAAAAGCCUUUCGAUCCAUCAGUGCCUUUGUUCAACAAGAUGAUGUCCUGUUGCCUAAUCUCACCGUCCGAGAGACCCUUCGUUAUACAGCUCUUCUCCGUUUAGAUUCCUCAAUUCCCAAUAAGGCCAAGAUGGAACGAGUGGAUACCAUCAUGCAGGAAUUGGGACUUUCCAAAGUGGCCGAUACGAUUGUGGGACUUCCUGGACUUUCGAAAGGAAUUUCGGGAGGUGAGAGAAAACGGCUCUGUAUUGCCAUUGAGUUACUCACGGAACCGAGUGUGUUGUUUUUGGAUGAGCCAACGACAGGUUUGGAUGCAAAAACAAGUUUGAAUGUAAUUCAAUUGAUCAAUCGUUUGGCUCAACAACAUGGAAGAACAAUUGUGUUGACGAUUCAUCAACCUCGCAGUGAUAUCUUUCAAUUGUUUGAUCGUCUAUUAUUGUUGGCACGUGGCAAAAUUGCCUAUUUUGGUGACGCCCACAAAGUCAUUCCUUAUUUUGAAAAAAUUGGAUAUCAAUGUCCUGAAGAGUUCAAUCCAGCUGAUUUCGUCAUGGACAUGGUCACAGAAAAUCCAGCUCUUGCUUCAGAAAAUUCAGAAAAGGGAAAACGAUUUAAAGUUGAACAAGAGAAACGUAUUGAACGAAUCUUGUCCUUCUAUUCCGAUUCAGAAUUGAAAAAGGAGAAUUCUCAAAUAAUGGAAAAGACUUUAUUGCAGUCACAAAAUGAAGGAGAGCCAGAACUCACCACACUCAAGAAAUCAUCAAAAUAUAACUCGAAUUGGUUCUAUCAAUUCUUCGUGGUUCUCAUGAGAGCCUUCCUUAAUACCAUUCGAAAUAAGGGUGUUAAUAUGGCCCGUUUUUCACAACAAGUCUCAACUGCCUUCCUUCUUGGAUUAAUUUAUUUGAGAUUGAAUAAUGGACAAACGGGCGUUCAGGAUCGAUUGGGAGUGUUAUUCUUCUCGACUAGUAACUUGUUUUUUGGAAGUCUAUCCUCCUCAUUGAAUAUUCUCCUUCAGGAUAAACCAGUCUUAUUGAGAGAACGUGGAGCGAAAAUGUAUCAUGUGAGUAGCUUUUAUUUAGCACGUGUGGUAGCAGAUAUUCCAGGAGCAGUGUUUUAUCCGAUCUUGUUUGGCUCGGUGAUUUAUUGGUGGCUAGGAUUGAAUGCUGCAGUCGAGAGAUUUUUCAUGUUUAUUUUGAUUAUUGUGGUCAUGAGUCUGACAGGACAAGCUUUAGGAUGUGCCAUUGCUAGUUUUGCUCCAAAUCCUGGGGUGGCCUUUACAAUCAUGCCUGUAGUGGCAACAGUGCUCAUGUUAUUUGGAGGAUUUUAUAAGAACUUGGCAACUAUUCCAGUGUAUUUUAUUUGGAUUUAUUGGACCAGCAUUUUCCACUUUGUUUUCGAGUCAUUUGUCAUUAAUGAGUUUAAGGGAUUGAAGCUGGAGUGUCCUUCCUCUUCUUUCUGCCCAUUUCCUAAUGGUGAUGCUGUGUUGGAGAAUUUGGAAAUGGACACGGUGAUGUCGGUGACUUGGAUUAACUUGGGAUUGGGUCUCGCUCUCAUCCUGGUGUAUCAUAUCUUUGCCUAUACUUGUUUGAGAUUGGUUGUGAAACCAAAAGGAGGUUAA